AGUGCAAGACGAAUAGCAUGAAUAGGUCACGAGCUGGUCAUGAGUUUACCUCCCUUCCUCAAGUAAAAGUAAAACGGAGAUCAAUGGAAUAGUACACUAAAAUCACUCGUUUUGCAUCUCUCUUGGACUGACUUCUGUCUUACAACUCGUAUAGUCGAGUUAGGUUAGAAACACAAAUAGUCAAGAUGGCGCUAAGCAGCAAGCAAGAUCGAGCAAGAUUUUGAUAUAAACACGUGAAUUCGUAAAAUGUGAGUUGUCGUAGAUCGUUGACAAGACUCGAAAAUCCUUGAUAUUUUCAUUAGUUCCGAAUAACAGCAUAUAAUAUUAAUUGGAAGAAAAGAGUAAAGUAUAAUGUUCUCUUUACGACAAAUACUUCGAUGUGGAGCACGAUUGACUCUUGCGCGAGAACCUAUAAACUUACAUCAGAUCCUAAUGUUCCGAAAAGAAAGAUCGGACUUCGAGAAGCUGUGCGUUCGAAGUCUCCUUCACACGAAGACGGAUCCCUGCGAAACGCCGAAGGAGAAUAAAAAUGAAGAUGCUGAGAAGAAAGUGCUGGGUAAAAUGGAACAGAAGAUGAAAAUAAUGUUCACCUGCAAAAAGUGCAAUUAUCGGAACGGAAAAAUUAUAUCAAAACUAGCUUACGAGAAGGGAGUAGUUAUCAUUCGUUGCGACGGAUGCAACAAUAAUCAUUUGAUAGCCGACAAUCUCGGCUGGUUCCACGAAUUGGGAAACAAGCCUAACAUCGAGAAACUAUUGGCGAAAAAGGGAGAAACCAUCCGGAAGGUGCGCAAUGAUGUCGAGGGAUACAUCGAAAUCGUCGCGAAAGCGGAAUAUGAUUUGAUACAACAUAAUAAAAAUGUAUUUAAACCUGUAGUCCAGGAGAAAGUCGAGACACAUGUUCAAUAUGAAAAAGUCGGGUCUAAAGAAGAAACGUAAGGAGUAUUGAAGAACUAAGGUGUACAUAUAAACGACUGUUUAGGCAAGUGUAAAUAUUUCUAAAUUUAUUGUAAACUAUCUGUGCCAUGUAAAUCUAACAUUAAAAAUAAUAUCCAGAGCUUGGCCGAUGUCAAAAGA